CGGGCGCUGCUUCCUCAGCCUGAAGCGUCGCCUCCCUCCCGCCCGCUCGCUUGGCGGCGGCCGCUGCUGCCGGGGCGCCCUGCCCUCCCCAUGCCUCUGCGCCGAGCGGCGGGCAGCGGUCCGCGGCUGCUCCUGCUGCUGUCUCUGCGGAGCGGGCCAUGGCGGAGGAGGAGGCCGGCGGGGGACCCGGAGCCCCAGAUAAUCUUCAGAUGGAAGGAACUCAGUGUGUCGCCUCUGCAGUCUCAAGCCUUAUGAGUUCCUCAGCCCAGCCUGCCACUGCCAGUUCAGUCAACACGUUUGUGGUAGACUUUCCAAGAAAACGGAAAGGAAGUGAUUCUGAUAACCAGUAUGCAUGUGACAUUGAUAUUGAUGAUCUCCAGAGCAGGAGUGAAGAUGAAGAUCAUGUAAAAAUUAAAUAUUUCAGAGAGGCUCAUAGCCAAACAGAGAAAAGAAGGAGAGACAAAAUGAAUAAUCUGAUAGAAGAAUUAUCUGCCAUGAUACCUCAGUGCAAUCCUGUGGCGCGUAAGCUAGACAAACUUACAGUAUUAAGAAUGACUGUGCAACAUUUAAAGUCAUUGAAAAGUUCCAAUAGUUCUUACUCAGAAAUCCGCUAUAAGCCUUCAUUUUUACAAGACAGUGAACUCCAGCAUUUAAUCCUUAAGGCUGCAGAUGGGUUUCUCUUUGUGGUUGGAUGUGACAGAGGGAGAAUCCUAUUUGUUUCAGAAUCUGUUUCUGCAAUACUGCAUUAUGACCCAGCCAGUUUGAUAGGCCAAAGUCUUUUUGACUAUUUGCAUCCAAAGGAUGUUGCCAAAGUCAAGGAGCAACUUUCAGCUUCAGAUGCUUUGCCAAGAGAGAAACUAAUAGAUACUAAAACGGGCUUGCAAGUUCACACGGAUUUUCAAGCAGGAUCCUCUCGCCUACAUUCUGGUGCUCGGCGUUCAUUUUUUUGUCGAAUAAAGUGUACAAGAAACAACAUCAAGGUGGAAAAUGAGUCUCUGCCAAACUCAACAAAGAAAGAUCACAAAAAGUACCUCACUGUUCAUUGCACGGGGUACUUGAAGAGCUGGCCUCCUAAUGAGGUGGGAGUUGAAGAGGAAAAUGAUGCUGAAAAAGACAGCAGUAGCUUCAACUGUCUCGUUGCAAUUGGGCGAUUACAUCCUUAUACUGUUCCUCAAAAAAGCAAUGAGAUAAAGGUCAAGCCAACAGAGUUUGUAACACGCUUUGCCAUGGAUGGAAAAUUUGUUUUUGUAGACCAGCGUGCCACAGCAAUUUUAGGAUAUUUGCCACAGGAGCUUCUAGGAACGUCUUGUUAUGAAUACUUCCACCAAGAUGAUCACAGUCAUCUAACUGAAAAACACAAAGCAGUGCUACAAAGCAAAGAAAAAAUAUUCACAAAUUCCUAUAAAUUCAAAGCAAAAGAUGGCUCGUUUGUAACAUUAAAAAGUCAGUGGUUUAGUUUCAUAAAUCCAUGGAUUAAAGAACUGGAGUAUAUUGUGUCAAUCAACACAGUUGUUUUAGGUCAUAAUGAAUCAAAUGAAGAAGUACUACUACCCUGCAGUUCCCUGUCAUCAGAAGAUACACAGAAGCCGUCAUUCCUCAGUGUACCAGGGAUGUCUACAGGAACUGUACUUGGAGCCGGAAGUAUAGGAACUGAGAUUGCAAAUGAAGUCUUAGAUUUACAAAGGUCACAUACUUCUCCAUCUACUGGUGAAUUAAGUCCAUCAGAUCUUAUGAGGAAGUCUUCUUCCCCAAUUUUAACCAUAAGCUGUAAUAACGUGCCAAAUAAAGAACUUACUCAGUUAUGCCCUUCAGGGAUAGAGGAUUUGGAAACUGCAGGGCAAAAUCAGGGCACUGUUUCAUUUCCUACGAAUGAGCCUCUUCUCGGUGAUGCUUCUCAGCUGGAUUUUGAUGCUGUGUGUGGAAACGACACAACCAUGGCUGCUUUUAUGAAUUACUUGGAAGCUGAAAGUGGGCUGAGUGAUCCUGCAGAACUCAGUGAUAUACAGUGGACUCUCUAGUAUUUCCCAAUCAAAGAGGAGCAGAUAUUUCUUUGAUGCACAAAAUAAUGGUUCAUCCUCAAGUACUGUAUUAGUAAUACCUUUUAAGGCUUCAAUUCCUAUUUACAAUAUCUAUUUUCGAAAAACUUUUGCCUUACUCAUGACAACAUGGUUUGGGCUGCAUAUGUUAAAAAUAUGUGAUAUUUUUGGAAAAAAACACACAGAACCUCAAUUUUCUUACAUAUGUUAACUGGAAUGCUUAAAAAACAUGUUUAUAUUUUUACCAAACUCUUUUAAAGAGAAGUUACUGUAAAAUCAGCUUAGGGAUUUUGUUCUCUAAUGUUUCUAUCUUUGAAAUAUCUAUUUAUUUGUGGGUUUUUUGUUAGUUCCUAAUUUAUUAGCGUUGAUCAUAACAUAUUGUAUUUAAGUAGAUCUGGACUUUGUGUAAUGUCCAUUUGUGGAAGAGGUCUGGUCCAAAAUGUUUUAUUUUAUUGUUUGACUGCAAAACCUGGGAUCAAGAGACUACCAGUAGAUGUUUAUAAAACUAAAUAAUUGUUCAUUGUGCUGAUCAGGAGAUAAUACAUUGCCACAAUAUAAUACAUAAAGCAACUGCAGAGAAUAGGUAAAUAAAUGAGCUUGGUACAUUUCAUUAUUUUCUAGUGCUUGAAUCAGUGAUCUAGACCAUGAAGUACAAGAAAGCACAGGAAAUUAAGUCUGUAUAUAAAGUAAGAAGUAUGUUGUCAGUGACUACAUAGUGGGAUCCAUCAUAAGAAGAAAACAUUGGUAUAGUUGUUAAGAGAUUUGAGAUGUAAGAAGUUGGAGUAAAAUAAACCAGUUGAUAAAAAAUUAAAACCUAAAGUCCUUUUUUCUUUCAACUUUGAGGGAAAGUUUAAAUUUUUGUGUAAGACCCUUAUAUAAAAAUAAUGCAUAUGCACCAUUGGAGUAGGAGUUGAGGAGUUCUGUAUAAUGUUUUUAAAACUAAAACUGCAAGUACAUCUAAAAGAAUGAGCAAUAGCUAACUUUAGUGUUGAAGGGGAAAAUAAAUAAAUACUGUAUUUCUUCAAUUCUAAAACAUACAUUUUUCUAUAUAUAACAUCUCUGAAAUGGGGUGCAUCUUAGAAUAGCAACUGUAUCUUACGUAUUUUUGGUGGUAGUGGUAUUGAAAUUAGGGUGCUCUUUACAAUCGAUGACAUCUUACAGUCAAAGAAAUACGUGAUUAGAAUAUUGGGUAUGGACCUUAUUACUUUGUACAGUGAAAUUAUUUUUUCAGAAGUUCUGAGUUCAGUGAAAAUAAUUUCCAGAUAAUUUCAGAUAGGACUGCAACAUCCUUUCCACCAUGACUGAAUACAGAGAAUAUGUUCUCCGUGGACAAAGAACACAUUUUACCCUAGGUGCACACCGUUUCCCACCUAUUUGAUAAAAGAGAACCAAGACUCUGAAAACCCUUUCAAAACAUCAAUUACUGGUCCCAUGGGAUACUUAAGUAAUAAAACCUUAAUGUGCAGGUACAUUCAUCUAUUUUGUUAUAUGUUUUAAAACUUUGGUUUAAUAUAGGCAAUAGCAUUUCUAAAAUUGCACAUUAAAAUAGUUUGUUUGAGAAUUAUUCAUGUUAGUUUAAAACUUGUGCAGAUUUCAUGUGAAAGUGUGUGUGUGUGGAAGGAUUCCUUCAUCUAUUAUGAAAUUGGUAAAUGCAUUCUGUAUUUAAUUUUCUUCUGACCUCACUGUUUAGACUGUAAUCCGGUUUCAGUGUAUAAGUACCUAAAAUUCUGCAUUGUCCUUAUGCAUCUGUCCAUGAAAUCUAAACCUCAAGAAAUAUGUUAAACUUCAAGGUGCUAUAGGACUCUGUAACUUUAGUGUUUGUGGAGCCAUUUAUGUCUCCUCACAAUUUGUACAUGUUUUUUAGAAAAAGGUUCGCCUUUUAAACCUUAUGGAUUCUGCCGCAAGUGUACAUGGUCUUAACUUCUAAUUUUGUAAUGCUUGAAGCAGGCUUCAGAGUUCGCUUCUAAAAUAAUUCUAAGGAAAGCAUGAAGCUGAAUAAUAACUCUAAAGGGCCACUAGAUGUCUUACCACUUCUGUUCUAAUGGUGUAAGCUUUAUUCUGUCUUGCAGUAAUAAUUAUUUGGAUUGCGUUGAUGCUUAUAUUGUGGAUGUAGAAUAGAUUUGAGAGAAAAAAAUUAACAAUGUGGGGAAUGUUUUGUGUUGUCCGUGGGUAUUCUUUUUCCAACCGCUCUGUCUUUUGUUUUACUUUGUAAGGAAAAUAGACCAAAAUCUUGUAAUUUUGUCAGAAAUUCAUGUCAAUGUUUGCUGAUACUCUAAAGCUGAAUGUGGCUCAAAUUGUAUAGUAGCUUUCAACAACUAAAAUACUGUAAAUUACAUCUGGGUCCUUAAGGAAUGCUAACACUGAAUUCACUGCCUUGUUCAUUCCCAGAACAGAGUUAUUAACUGAGGAAUACAGGCAUAAAUUUUCUCAUCAGAGGCUACCCUGAGUUGCUGCUGUUUCUUCCGCACUCAAGCUGUGAGGCCCGCCAAACUGGGAGCAGCCGAGCACUCACCUGGUGGUGAGAUGGUAAUGUCCUUCAAUCCCAAUGGAGCCACUGUGAAGGGACUGAAACCGACAGUGGCACAGGUGGUCAGCAGUGAGAUUGGGUGGUGGCGAAACCCACAAGGCAGCCCACAGAGCAGCAGCCAAGUUCUCCACCAAAGCAGCUGAUAACAGCAGCCGUUGGGUGGACAGCCAACUCACAGUGGGGCAAUAUAAAGGCCCUGUGUGGGACCGUGGCAACUAGUAGUUGCGGCGCUGCAAUGGCGUGGGCAACAAACCGCAGUGUUGCUGAGAAUUGCAGUGAGGGAAUGAAGGUAACAAUGGAUGGCCAAGGGAGUAAAGGUAGCAAUAGGCAGCUCCAGACAGCUCACCAGUAAAGGAGGGCCUUAGCAAACAAAGGGCAGCGGGGCGAUAACAGUCCACCAAAGUUCUUCCUGGCCCCAAAGUAGCCUGGCCUCAAGGUCGCUGGCAGCAGCAGCAGAUAGGUGAUCUCUUCUUUGGAGCCCUGCGAGGUCCCAGCCUACCAAGCGCCAUCUUGCCUUCUCCUUUUUUCUUCCAUCCAAGUCCAAACCUGUGUCAUCUCAAAGGAGGGAGGUGUGGGGAAGGAAGACUGGGUGCAGGUUAGUGUAUACAAGACAUCUGUUUUGCGAGAGAAAUCGAAAUUGCAGUUAACAGCCUGUGGCCACAAUGUUUGGCUACUAGGGGGUGAAGUUGGGCUGUUAUAUUACAGGGUGUUUGAGUGGGAAAUGUUUAGAAUUGUUAUUCAGUGAUUGUGGAAAGAUGGAAUAAAUCAUUUGCUUCCA